UUAUCAUGUCUAUGUAUGAAUCCUUUUUAUUGUCUUUUACUAUCUGACUCACUGAUUUAUUAUUACAGGUACAGAGUGAAUAUCCUUUCUCCAGCUACUGUCUUAGGAACAGGGUGACUGAAUGAUGAUGAAGAUUGGCCCAUGUGCUUCACCUAAAGCAGUGGCCUGAAAAUGAUUGCUUGUUUUCUCUUCCUUUUUCUUCCUUCCACAGUUUACAAUUUAAAAAUUGAGAAGACUUCUUCAAAUGAGGAUUGUGCCUGCCAAAAAAGAGAGCAGAGAGGGGGCUCACCAACCCUCCCUCAGGAUGUCGUUCCAUAGCCUACAAGCUGCCAGUGAAAAAGCUCUCUCUCAUGUCCUCACUGAAUGAGGUUGUGAGGGUGGCAGAAGUGAAAGAAAGAUCAUAAGACUUGGGCCAACUUUCAGCAGCUAACCAAUUUGGUUCCAGCUCCAAACCUCUGAUGGAUGAAAGGAAUUCCAGCAUGGAGAAAUGCAAGAUCCUGAAAGACUAGAAGACAGGCGCUGGAACAGAAUGACUUUCCUAAAGUUGAGCACAUUGCUCCACAGGGAGGUGGGCUGUUGAAAUGGCGUUUAUAGCUCUGAGCAUCUCCCUGUUUGUCGCUUUCCUAGAUACAGGAUGGGGAACCAAACCUACAGCCUAUCAUCACCUGUGCAAACUAGAAGAGAGAAGUGUAUAUUGCAAUGAGAAGAGUCUGAGCUACAUCUUAAAAGAUUUGCCUGCUGGAACAGAAGAACUCUUCCUGAAUUCCAAUCGUAUACAGAUUCUAAAGAAUGACUCUUUAAUGCAGUAUCAAGCCCUGCAAAGUCUCAGCUUGUGUGACAAUGAGCUUGAGGUAAUUGAACCCGGUGCCUUCCUUGGGACCAAGAGUCUAAGUCACCUAUCUGUGGCCAACAAUGCCCUUGCCACGGGCUAUUCUGUGACAGCAGCUGCUCUGAAAACUUUACCUGCUCUCAGGAAGCUGGACCUCUCUGGAAACCAGCUCACUGAGGUUAUGAUGAGUACCUUGAUCCAGCACUUGCCUUCUCUAGAAUUCUUGUCUCUAGCCAGGAAUGUCAUUAUGAGGCUGGAUGACUCUCACUUCAAGAACAUGCCUAACUUGUGGCACCUGGAUUUACAACAGAACUACAUUUUUGAGAUUGAGGCUGGUGCUUUUGAAGGUGUGCGAGGGCUGCAGCAGCUUAAUCUGGCCUAUAACUAUAUCAGUUGUAUUGUGGAGUUUGACUUGACGCAACUUCAGAUUCUAAAUGUCAGCAACAAUCACAUUGAAUGGUUCUUGACUGCAGAGAAUGAUGCUGCUUUUGAACUAGAAACACUAGACCUUUCCUUUAACCAUCUCCUGUUCUUCCCACUCUUGCCUAGGUUAAAUAAACUGCAAACUUUGCUGCUAACACACAACAAAUUGAACUUCUAUGGAAAUCUUUAUAAUCAUUCUGAGAGCUCAGUGCAGCUGCUGCUUCUGGAUGGCACUGUAACCAACAUCACCACCCACGAACUCUGGGAAGAAAAGAACCAUAGCAAUCUCUCUUCUUUGACUUUUCUGGACAUGAGCUGGAACCAGUUCUGGUAUCUUCCAGACUGGUUUUUAGAAGGGAUGGUUUUCCUUGAGCAUCUGAAUCUCAGUCACAACUGCUUAAAGACACUAGAUAUGCAGGAGAAAGAAUUGUUGAAAAGUCUUAUUGACUUGGAUCUUAGCUAUAACCAGCUUUCAGAUCUACAGUUGAACUUAGGUCCUAGAAGUAGUUUAAACUACCUUAGGAGCCUUAAUCUACACAGCAAUAGACUGCAUGGAUUACCUGCUAAAAUAUUUACCUACACAACAAAAAUCACUACAGUUGACCUCAGUAAGAACCCAAUAGAGAUUUGUAGUGCACACGAUGCUGGAAGCCUGGACUGUGUAAAUAUUAGUAAUGUGGUCUCUUUGAGAAAUCUUUUCAUAGCUGGGUGUGAAUUAAAGGUACUGAGCAAGCAUGCUUUUAAAGGGACCUCCCUAAUACACUUAGACCUAUCUAACAACCCCAAGGUGCUACGCGAUGGCUUGGGUCCUCUGGAAGAUACUGCAAAAUCCCUGCAGGUACUUUCUCUCCGGAAGACUGGCCUCUUUGUUCCAAGUGCAAAGAUAGAUUUUUCUGCUUUUCAGAAAUUGGUAGACUUGGAUCUGUCUGAAAAUUCUCUGACCGGACUCCCUGACUCUUUAUCAAGUCUAAGACUGCAUACUCUGGAUCUUAGGAGAAAUCGCCUUCGCUUCCUACCUCAGCAUGCCAUGCAAAAUCAACUUGGGAAGAAUUUGCGUGUGAUCUACCUCAGCCAGAAUCUCUAUGACUGCUGUAAACUGGGAUGGUGGGAUAAUCUCCAAAGCCUUGGCACUGUACAUAUUGCAGACAUGAGUCAAGUCACUUGUAACUACUCUUCCAGGUUCUUUAGUGCAGCAAAUCUACCAGAAUCUGUUCUCCAGAACUGCAGGUGGCUAACAGCAGAUAUGACUUUGCUUUAUCUGGUGCUCAUUCUUCCUACCUGUUUGGCCCUACUUGUUGCCUCUGGCAUAAUCUUUCUUACUUUCAGACAAAGAUUCUUCAAUAGUAAAAGCAGAUAUAGAACAUCAAGUUCAAUUGACUUCUGGGUGGUGAGAAGAAGUAAGAGACUGUGCCUCAGGAACAGGUUUAGGCGAGGGGGAAAUAAAAUAACCUGUUAGGUGUUGCAGCCCUCAGAUGUGGUUCCAGUAUGUCACAAUAUGUGCAAUAGAAGCUGUCCAACUAGCAUAGAGAAUUCUUCUAUGUAGUUGGAAGGGUGGUGUUAAUGCAAGUUCUGUGAAGAAGGAUGCUAGACAUAAUAAAGUUGAUUCAUAUAGGAAAAAAAGUCCUUUCCAGGAAAGAAAUGCAGUUGAAAGAUUUAUCCUGAGAAUAAUUAUGAUUUGUGUACAUGGAAUACAUG